AUGGCAAAGCCAGAGGACCCGUUGAAAGAAGUAACAUUGAAUACUCCCGUACGGAAGAUUACGUUACCUUUAGAGAACUAUUCACUUGCCAAUUCCAUGACCAGGGGCAAAGAAAACAGUCUGAAUAUUAAGAAUAAUGUAGGGUUCCUUGAAGCCUAUGAAUUGAGUCAAGGUAGUGUCUCAGAGUUCAUGAAACUCGCAGUGUACGGUAGGACGCAAAUGAAUCAAUUGCACGAAUCAAUAGCAAAUUUGUAUAAUCUUCUGAUUCGAACCCAUUCACACCAGCAUAUUAGGACCCUUGUGAAACAGCAUUUAGCUGUCAUUGCGAAACUUUUAACGCAAGGUCAAAUUAAUGAAGCAAUUUUUGAGAUGCUGUUGCUGUACAAUGAGACAAAUCCAUUCAAAGUGAAGAAUUUGCACGACAUUUUGCUUUCUGACUUAACAUAUUGUAACAAAUACUACCUAUCCACAUUGAAAGUAAUGGCUUUACAGGCUAUAAUCAAGGGGAAACAAGCUUUUCAAUAUCAAGAAACAGUUUUAUACUUAUUCUCUAACGAUGACAGAUAUCUGCUGAAAGAUCCAAAGGUUAAAAUACCUCUUUUAGUAAAACUACUACUUAAUUUUUUUACGAUCUCUCCCAAAUACAAAAUGCUGUUUGGCAUGAAAUUUCUACAGUAUAUUGCCCAAUAUGAAUUAGAUUUUUCAGUGUACAUUAAAAACAUAGAGCUUCUAGAUUUUGAAAAACAACUAAAAAAAUUUAUGUCAGAGGAUAAACUCUUAAUGAAAUUUCUUAAUUCCUACUAUAUUCAUUAUUCUCGAUAUAAUCAAAGUAUGACCAAAAUUAUGCUUACAGAUUUAACAAAUCUACAAGCGAUAGACAGCAAAAGACCGACAAUGAACUUUUCUGAUAUGGAGGCAAUCCUUUCAAGCGCCUCACCUUUAUCCUAUUCUGAUAUGGAUAUUUUAAUAUCACAUGCUCAAAAAAUGUUGGAAUCUCCUUCCACUGACGGCGAAUCUAUAGCACAUAAAAUGCAGUUACUUGAUAAUCUAUGGACUAGAAUAAGGUCAGAAAAUUUCAAAUCGACUAAAUGGUAUCUUCGUUUAUUUGAUAAGGUAUUGGCAUUCGUAAAUUCCAACAUGAAAAAAAUCUUGGACAAUACCACUCCUGCUUUGCAUUUAUUGGAUAAUUUAUCAGAGUAUUGCAUUCAAUACGAACAGUUCAAGAGAAUGUCAAAUGUUGUUAAUGUUAUAUUUAAUUUCGCUGUCAUUUCAAAGAACUCGAUAUUGUUAUCCUCGGCAGCAAAAUUGGAGAUGAUUUCCUUCAUAAUGAACACCGAAAAGCAGAGUUUUGGGUAUGUUAUUUCGAGGUUUGAAAAACUUCUUUCAGCAACAUCGUCGACAAAGCUCAAAAUUGAGCUUUUCAAUUUUAUUUAUAAUAUUCACAUCUUUUCCCACUUUGACACUUUCGCCGAUAUUUUCGAAUACUGUCAAAAGAUUUCUAUUCGUUGCUUCCCUAAAUUGAACUUACAAGAAUACAUCGAGUUUCAGCAAUGCUCAGAAGUAAUGCUCUCGUUAGUCUAUGCCAACUCAAGUACAAUCGGAAUUCCAACGGAACAAUGGUUUACUAUAUCAAAUAUGUUGUUCUCCUCUAUAAAUGGCAAUCUAUCUGUUGAUAUGGGUAAACUCAAUACGAAACUUGACAAGCGUCAUUUUCUUUAUAGAUACGAAGUUCUGAUAAAGACUUCUUAUCUUCUGAAUUUAGAAAUGAGUAAACAUAUAACUAUUAAUCUAUCGCAACUUACAAAAUUGUACGUCCAUAAAUGGGUUCAUAAUGUUUCGAAUUUGAAUGAAAGAAUAUCUUUGUUUGAAAUUGAAUUUUUAAAAUCAUUGCUUCAAUAUUUGAGUUUUAAUAAUUUUAACAAAAUUAUAAUUGAUCUUGUCGGAAAUUUGCAACUCAAUCAAAGAUAUUAUAAACAUAUAAUUUUGCUAGCUGAACGCUAUUUGCUAGAAGCUGUGAUCAAUUUACAAAUGACAGAUCACGUUCGUUCUAUUGAGGAGGGUUUGAAUCAAUCCCCUAUUGAUCUUAAGGAAGCAAAAAUUGAAACGUUAAUAAUAUAUUCAGAAAUGGUUGCACGAAUAGUAACAUGGAAAAAUGACACAUCUAAUUUCGAAAAAUUAUUCAUCCAAGACUUACCUAUACUGCGCAAAGAUCUAUAUGAUAUUGCAAAUUCGACCAAUAUGUCAACAUCGCUAUACGUGAAGGUUCUUUUGUUCAAUAUUAACCUGUUUAUUGCAUCAUGCAAAUUGCAUAUGUCCGACUACAAUGUUCUGGCUGCAACUAUAGAGGGUAAACGGGCCCUAAAAGUAGCAUUAUCUCUGUUGAAGAAACAACAUCAAUUCUCGCAAGGGUCGAGGCUAGCCUUGAUUAAAUCGUUGAUGGCAGCUUAUGAAACGUUGAUAGGUAUCUACAUUAAGAUUGGGCUUUCAAAGGAUGCUGAUUUUUACGCCAAAGAGCUAUCGCGAAUUGUUGCAGAUCUUGGUGAGCCAUCGAUCGUCUAUAAUUGCUUACAUUUCCUUUAUGAAUAUUAUUGUUUAACGGAACAAGACUCUUUGAAAUCAAUAACUUUGGAAAAGGCCAACAAAGCGUUCGAUUAUAUAGAUGGAGAACAUGAUAUUCAAAGUCUUACAAAAUACCUUUAUGACAACGGGGAGCAUGAAAAAUUACAACAAUCUUUGAAUCUUUUUUUUGGAAAAGAUAAUGAGUGUAGUCUUUUACCCAAACUAUGGAUGCUGAAAUUAGGGCGCACUAUUGAAGCGCAAUUGUAUCCCGAAGAAUAUUCUUCAUUCAAUUCCAUUAAUCAUGUUGACAAGAGUUUCAAGCAUGUUUUAAACCAGAUUGAUAUUGAUCCCUUCUUCAAAGAUGUUUUUGAUUCUGCACUGGCAAUUCCAUCCAUAAAGAAUGUUCCUGUUGCAAUAGUUCCAAAAAAUGUACUAUCUCUAGUAGUCGGGGAAGGAUCCGGAUCGAACGUGACCGAUUCUCCAAGAUCCUCGAAUAUGACACCAAAAUCUAAGCAUAUGAGGCAAAUUUUUGACAGAGUGGCUGCCAUAAAUAAUCUAAGAAUAAUGAAAACGACAGUUGAGUCUUUAAACAUAGACUACCUGAAUAAUCAUGAAGUCAAAAAAGUUUCAUCACUAUAUUCAUUAACCUCCAACUUAUUCUCAGCUAUCACAUUGAAUGAAUCUAAAACAAACAACGGGUUGGUGAAUAAUUUCUACCUUUCAGAUCUUCCAAAAUCAAUGCCAUUAUAUUUUGAUAAAACUAUAGUCAAAACGAACAAGAAUGUUUAUGAAAAGCUAGAUCUACUCUCAUUUGCAUCUUUCCAGGAUAAUGUAACUGCAGAAAGAAACGAUGUUCUGUCAGCACAAGAAAAAAUUUUGAACUCGACUCACUCAUUUAACGUGAUUUCCAUUGACAUCUGUCCGGUUACGGGAAAUCUACUGCUUUCUAAAAUCGACACCGUGAAGAAGAGAAGAAUUCUUUUGAAUAUUCCCCUCAAUGGAAGCAAUGCUAGAGAUUUAGAUUCUUUACAUUUGUCUUUCAAAGAGGCCAGAAAGGAACUCCAAAAUAUAAUUGAUGAAAGUGACAAAACUACGUCGGCAGAAGUAACAAGCAAGAUUACCACAAGUGAUGCAAGAAAAGCAUGGUGGAGAAAAAGAUAUGAUUUGGACAAGAGAUUACAAAAUUUAUUAGAAAAAGUUGAAGCAACUUGGUUUAAUGGCUUUAGAGGAUUUUUUAGUCACGAUUUAAUUGAUGAAGAUGCCUUUGAAGAUUUCAAAAAAUCAUUUUACAACGUCUUACACCAAACAUUACCUAGUAGGAAACAAUUCGGAGGUCCCUUGACUUUCACGCAUAUAGAAGAUUGGAUCAUUGAAUUAUUUCUCAAGAUAAACCCUCAGGAUCAAGAUUUCAUAACAAUGAUGGAGGAUUUGAUAUAUUUUGUAUUGGAUACAUUACGCUUUCAUGGGGAAGAAAAUGCCUACGACGAAAUUGAUUUGAGUGUGUUACAUGUACAGCUCGAGGAACAUAUUAAAAGGUACCAUUCUAGAGUGAAGAGAAGAACUCAAAUAUCACAUACAUUUUUGAUAGUCAGUAGCACUUGCCACUUAUUUCCCUGGGAAACGUUAUCUUUCAUGAAAGAUAUAUCUGUCACGAGGGUGCCGUCUGUGAGGUGCUUGCAAAAGUUAUUGGAAGCGCAUGCUUCUGAUUCUUUUCCACUCAAUGUACCUCUGUCCAGUAAUAUUUCCAUGGUACUUAACCCGCAUGGUGAUUUAAAACGGACAGAAUCUAGCUUCAAAGAACUGUUUGAGAAAACUGCAGAGACUUUACCAGGAUCGAAAUUGAUAAUGAACAAGAGGCCAACUGAAGAAGAGCUAGUAAGUAUGUUGACGGAAUCAAAUUUGUUCAUUUAUGUAGGUCAUAAUGGUGGUGAGCAAUACAUACGUAGUAAAGAAAUUAAGAAACUGAACUCGGUGUCGGCAAGCUUCUUACUAGGCUGCUCCUCCGCGAGUAUGAAAUAUUAUGGCAAACUUGAGCCUACGGGUACCGUUUACUCUCAUUUGUUAGGUGGUAGUCCACUGGUAUUAGGAAAUUUAUGGGAUGUUACGGAUAAAGAUAUUGAUAAAUUCAGUCAAAAUGUCUUUGAAAAGAUUGGAUUUGUAAAGAAUAUCGAGGGAGAAGUCUCAGGAUACAAGACUUUAAGUGAAGCAGUGACAGAAUCAAGAGAUACAUGUCACCUUAAGUUUUUAAAUGGUGCAGCUCCUGUAGUCUACGGCCUACCAGCUCGGUUCGUUUAA